CAAGGCCAAAUGUUUUUAACGGUCUCGCAGAUGCCCUUAUCGAAUACUCAUGCAACUUUCGCGGCGCGGAUUUGCACGACAGUUUUCCUCCAGUGUGAGAGAAUAUCGUACAGACAUCCACGGAUGUGAAAGUAUCCGCGUCAAAGUACGUCCGACCUCACGCGGAAGAUUCACAGAACAUACCAGUGAUGACCAAGUCUCCCGAAAGCUAGUGAAGAAUCUCUCGGGUCGCACGUUUCUUCUUGCACCCACGUAGCACGCUAAAACGUGCCUCAGAUGAAUUAACGGAAAAUGGAAAACGAGCAACAUCACUAUGAGCUGCGCAGCGGGAGCAGGUCACGUUCGCACACUCCCAUGGUCCCAAACCGUCCUUUACCAGACUUGGAGGUAACAGAACAUCAUUAUGAUCUCAGAAAUAGGAGUCGAGAAAGAUCCCAUACACCUGGAGAAGUAACGAGUAGCAGGAGAUCUGGCUCCAGAUCACUAACUGGAAGUAGUAGUAAAAUGCAUGAAAAGAACAUGGAAACAAUAGAGGAAAGCAAGGAAGGAUCCGUGAUAGAAAGCGUAACAGAUAAUCAGAGCACAAAGUCAGAGAGUUCAAUUAUAAUCCCAAGGAAGGCUGAGCGACGGUCAGAGCGCCAAAGAGCUAAGCGGCAAAUAUUUGUCAAUGGUCAGAGUGAAAGUAAGGAGGACAUAUCUGAUCAGAAGAUUGAGCUGAAGCGCAAAAGUAUCACACCACGCAGGAUACUUACUAGUGACUAUUCAUCUGAAGAGGGAGAAAGAGAAGAUCUUCCGAGUAGACCAGGUUCUGCUUAUGAGAUUUACAAACAAGCUGGUGAAUGGUGGAACGUCUUUCCAAAAACAGACUAUACAUAUUCGCAAGCAUCACAAUGCCGUUAUGAAAUAGCUCCUGGUGUGCUAGCGAUGCCUAACAUGUCUAGACGACCUAUACACAUGGAUGACAGUGGAAAUAAUUUCAUAUCUCAAAAUUCCAGUCAAGCUUCACGAAGAACAACAGAAAGUGGAUUCAGCGACACUGUGGACACUGUUGAUUUGAAGGAAACAGGUUCCCUGCUCCGUUCAUCCGAAGAUAUUUUGCGUAUGCAUACAUCAGAUUCUGCAAGAAGAUCGACUAUGUAUAAAAAAACACAUGUAGAACAAUAUAUGAGUCACAAGGAAGUAGUUUAUACCGAUUCUGGAAGUCCGAGUCUUCGGCAAAGAUAUUCUUGGUUUAGUACUCCUCCAAAAUAUACUGAUAUAUAUAACACAUCUCAAUAUGAUUCUGAUAUUGACUUUGAUGGAGCUGUAACAUCGUCAAUGGCUAAGACUAACCAAAGAUGGAAAAUCGUGCAGUGGUUCACAUAUUUCACAACUUUCGUUGCCGUAUGGUUCAGGAAGACCGUCGAAUUCCUCAAGUUUCGUAACGAUAAGAGAAACAUAUAUCAUGAUGCACAAACUUAUCGCUAUUUUCAAGAAUCUAAAUGGAGCACAUUGCAGAAAACGGUGGAACGUUAUCUACGCAACAUAUAUUUCUUCAUCGCCAGAUUAUUUCUUUUUGAUGCUUGGCUGCUGAGCCAGUUUACCGGCGUUAGGAAAUGGCUGCAAGAAAGAACACCGAAGAUUUUUUGGAUUGCUCUUAUACCGCUAUUCCUGCUUGGUUGUUGGUGCAUGGCAGAAUAUUUAUCACUUUUUCCUGCCAUUACCAAUGUGCCAGAGACAACGACGGAAAAAGUAUUACCUAAUAUACAAUGGAAGAACCGUGAGAGUAGGAAAGUUGGAGAGAAAUUGGUUGAUAACGAUGGGACCUUGAUCGAUAGGGUAGCGACGCUCGAAAAGGAACAAAUAUAUCAGAUGGAAUACCUCAUGAACGUUACUCAAAUUUUGGAGGACUACAAACGGAGCGACGUUGAUUUUCAAAAAAAAUACAACGACAAAAUCACCCAUGUAGCAAAUAAACUGGAUAUUAGUGAAUUGAGCAACGUACUGAACAAUGAACUAAAAAUCAUUAGACACGAAUUUGAGAAACUGCAUAAUCUGUACGCGGAGUUGAAAUCUUGUUGUAAUGCUAACAAAGAGGUAAUCGCGAAUGUGGACACCGAGGAACACGUGGAGAAGAUUUUAUCCGGCUAUUUCCCACCUGGAACUUCGAAGGAGGAUUUGGCGAAGAACAUUCAGAGGAUACUCGCGUCUCGUGGCGGAGCAGAUCGGGCGGUCUUGAGCAACAAUGCCGACGAUACGAGUGUUUCCAUCUCGGAGGAGCACGUUCGCAAGAUAGUGAAGGAGAUCCUACGGAUAUAUGAUGCGGACAAAACGGGUCAAGUAGAUUAUGCUCUGGAGUCGGCAGGUGGUCAGAUUAUUAGUACGCGGUGCACCCAGAGAUACGACAUAAAGUCCCGAGCCUUCAGCCUAUUCGGCUUCACGCUGUACUACGAGAGCAAUAACCCACGGACGGUGAUACAAGGGAACGCGCUGCAACCCGGUGCCUGUUGGGCGUUCCAAGAUUUCCCCGGAUACCUCCUAAUACAAUUGCGCUGCGUUAUUUACGUAACCGGUUUUACUUUGGAACACGUUUCCAGUCUGAUCUUGCCGAACGAGAACAUGUCGAGCGCGCCCAAAAAGUUCGACGUUUGGGGUUUGACAGACGAGAAUGAUCCUGAGCCUAUGAGGUUCGGUGACUAUGAAUUUACAUAUUCCGAAGACAACUUGCAGUAUUUCCCGGUGCAGAAUACGGAGAUCAAGAGACCGUAUGAAUUCAUUGAAUUGAGGAUACACAGCAAUCACGGGCAGCUGGACUACACGUGUCUGUAUAGGUUCCGCGUCCAUGGGAGACCGGCUUAGAGAUAUCACUCUGAUAACGCGUGAUAAGGUUCCUUAUUUAUAAGAACGUUCGAGCAAAUUCUUUAGCGAACGAAUCACACAAUUGUCCUUUGAUAUGUGCCUUCAACUACCGUUUAAUAUUUUGAGCUUUAGCUCGACAUCCGGUGUGACUUACUCCUAGCACCUGCAUCUGUAUGUGAAUUAGAUUAAAUAUUUAACAUUUUUGUAACAAGUAAAACCGCCGUAAAACACGAGCAAUAAAUCGCCGACAUCCGAAUGCUUACGCGUACGACGGUAUCUUUCGCCGUUACGGCUGUUACCGAUGAAAACGCACCGAAACGCUGUAUGCACACUAUAAAUUAUGAAUCAAUACCGGUGCCGAUAAUUUAUAUUGAUUUAUACUGUUUGGCUAGGCUGCACAGUUAACCUGAGGGGAUCGCGAUUGCUAAUGAGAUUGUCGAUGAAUGUUGACCCGAUGGUAUAUUCCAAAAAUACCGCCUCUGUAUAAAUCGAUGCCUGUAUUAUGGCCUUGCUAGUUUAGUUAAGUAAAGUGCAUUAAAAGAAAGAAAAGAAAAGAAGCAGUCUUACGUAACUCUCGGUGCGAGAGAGAGAGAGAGAGAGAGAGAGAGAGAGAGAGAGAGAGAGAGAGGGAGAAGGAGGGAGGGAGAGAGAGGAAAAUAUAAUUUUUGCAAAAAUGUCUCGAGGAAGAAAGGGAGAGAAAAUGUGUUCGAAUGGUCAUUUGUCACGUAACACCAAUCCGGCAGCGUCUCACGUGUAAGACUGACACUUUAAAAGUUACCCCAAAGCAAAGUGUGAGUCAUAAUACUUGUAAUAACGCGACAGUACAAAUUCUAAGGAACAGUAAUUAAUUAAUUACAGAGUUAAGGAUCAUAUAGAAUUAAUUGAUCGUAGUCUAAGCGCGUGUGCCACGCCGCGGGCGGUUUUCUUACGUCUUAAGUCGAAUAAAACGUAAAAGCCUUUCCCUUGUGAGAGCUUAACGUUCUCGACGAUGUGCGGCGCUAAUAUAUCCCGAUUGUGUACAUAUAUUAGGUAUAUCUUCGAUGAGUUUGUCGCAUAUGUUUUCCUCUUCAAUCUCGGCUAUUUUUACAACGACACGUUUUUACACGUUCUUUUAAAUCGCGAUGCGUGUUCACACUGCGACAACGCUGACGAAUGCCCGGCAAAAUCUAUUUGUGACUACGAUUUCGCCUGCGUAUUCGAGAGCGAAUAUGCGCGUCUUUUGCUUCAUAGUACUUAAUGUCGUGAGAGAUGCCGGUGGAUUAAGCCGUUGAGAACACGCUCGAUUUUAGCUACAUCGAGAGAUGCGACCGUUUUUACCAUCCUCGUAUGUGUUAAUAGGAUUUUUACAUUUGCCAAUAAAAAAUCACAUUACACUUAG